AUGCGCGCCAAUGUGACCUGCUUUACUCGACGCAUUUCAUCGUGGCGCCAGGCAAUUCAGCAAAACAAUGCCGCAAUAAACGCAUUCGUAUACGUAUCCCCUCCUUCUCCACCCAGACCGGAGAGCAAGCUUCCACUCGAUGGCCUUGCGGUAGCGGUGAAGGAUAUGAUUUGCACCAAAGACAUGCCCACAACUAGUUCAUCUGUUAUGCUAAAAGACUUCACUCCACCGUUUGACGCGACUAUAGUCCGUUUGCUACGCGAGGCGGGUGCAGACCUUGUCGGGAAAGUGAACUGCGACGAGUUUGGGAUGGGUUCGUUGAAUAUCCAUUCAGCCCACGGACCAGUCAUUAAUCCAUUUCAAACAAGUAAUCCUGUGUCUCGGGAACAACCCGAGCGCCGUUCUGCAGGGGGCAGCUCUGGUGGGAGUGCUGCUGCUGUUGCAGCAGGUAUGUGUUACGCGUAUGUGAUUUGCACCAUUUUAUCUACUUUUCUCUUAACGAAGCAGUGCAUUCGUUGUCUUCUCUGUCCGCCAAAUGCUAAUAAGAGAUUUAGAUGGGGCGUUAUAUCCUUCGCAGACAGUCUCGAUUGCGUUGGCAUUAUGGCAAAGACCGUCUCAGCUACGCGUCAUAUAUUCAAUACGUUGAAUGCGUACGACGCUCAAGACCCAACCUCUGUGAAUGAAGAAUCACGUAGAAUUGCGUCCAGGCAAGCCGUUCGCGCAUGGUCAGGUUCCUCGUUGUCAGACUUGAAGAUCGGCAUUCCACAAGAAUAUUUCCCUCGAGAAUUGGCACCACAAGUGUCUGGUCCAGUUCGCGACACAAUUGCUGCUCUCAAGUCUCGUGGAGCGACCGUAGUACCAGUAUCAUUACCUACCACGCCCUAUGCCUUGAGCGCAUACUAUGUUAUUUCCAGUGCAGAGGCCAGCAGUAACAUGGCGCGCUAUGAUGGUGUCGAAUAUGGAAUGCGAGUUGCGUCAAAGAACGAUGAUCAUUUCCCCAAUACUGCAGCUCGAUAUGCGGUCACCCGUACGGCAGGCUUUGGCUCGGAAGUCCAAAAACGCAUUCUCCUAGGAACCUAUGCACUCUCCGCUGAGGCUUUUGACAACUACUUUCUCCAAGCGCAACGAGUGCGUCAGUUAAUCAAAGACGAUUUCAACCGUAUUUUCCGCAUCCCGGAUGUCCUUGGUUACUCGGAAACAACUGAGUUGUUGACCAAUAACGACGAAGGUGUUGACGUGUUAAUCCAUCCAUCCGCUAUGCGGACAGCUCCUCGACUCGAUGAUAUUCCGACAGCUGAGAGUCUGGAUGCUUAUGUACAAGACGUGUUGACAGUCCCAGCAUCGUUGGCAGGUCUUCCUGCCCUCAGUGUUCCUCUCCAGAGAGACUCGGAUGAGUGGCCGGUGGGAGUGAGCGUUGUUGGUCAAUGGGGAACCGAUGAAACUGUCCUUCGGGUUGGCCAUUUUAUCGAGAGUCUACAAUGA